CUCCUUAUUGUUGUUCUUUUUUUUUCCCAAAAAAAAAAACCCUUUUUUUUAAUUUUGAGGUUAAAUUAAUGGUUUGUGCCUAGGCAGUUGUUGGUCCCCAACAUAAAAAAAGUUUCAGUUAGUUGUUACUGUAGUCUUCUUGUAGGUUUGGAGCACCAAAAGCCUACCUCUCCAUUCUUUCCUAUUUAUAUCCCUCCUUCCCCUGCCACAUUCUUCACAACCCAACUUCUUUCUACUUUUCAUCUUCACACACUAACUAAAUCUCUCUUUCUUUUCCCUUUCUUCAUAAACAAUGGCUGUCAUUGCGUUUUUCCUGGUGGGUUUUCUUGCAAUGGUGUCAAAUGUUCAUGGUUAUGGCGGUUGGACUGAUGCUCAUGCCACCUUUUAUGGAGGCGGUGAUGCAUCUGGAACAAUGGGUGGAGCUUGUGGAUAUGGAAAUCUUUACAGCACAGGUUAUGGAACAAACAUUGCUGCUCUGAGUACUGCUCUGUUUAACAAUGGCUUGAGCUGUGGAUCUUGCUUUGAGAUUAGAUGUGUUGGCUCAAAAUCAUGCCUUCCCGGAAGCAUCAUUGUGACGGCCACCGAUUUCUGCCCACCAAACAACGCCUUGCCAAACAAUGCCGGAGGAUGGUGCAAUCCUCCUCUCCAGCAUUUUGACCUUUCUCAACCUGUCUUUCUUCACAUUGCACAAUACAGAGCUGGAAUUGUCCCUGUUUCUUACAGAAGGGUACCCUGCAGAAGAAGGGGUGGAAUAAGAUUCACAAUUAACGGUCACGCCUACUUUAACUUGGUCUUGGUCACCAACGUUGGUGGUGCCGGAGAUGUCCGUUCGGUUGCAAUCAAAGGGUCCAGAACCGGGUGGCAGCAAAUGUCCAGGAACUGGGGAAUGAAUUGGCAAAGCAACUCAUAUCUUAAUGGCCAGAGCCUCUCAUUUAAGGUCACCACCAGUGAUGGCCGGACUGUUGUGUCCUACAAUGCUGUCCCUGCCGGAUGGUCCUACGGUCAAACUUAUUCCGGUGCCCAAUUCCGCUGAAACAAGUCAACAACUAGUAAUUUUUAUUCCUACUAGUAUGAUUUUCUUUGUGGGAGUUUUUUUUUUUUGGUUUUAUUAGUAGUAUGGUCACUGGAUUUAAUAUGGUGACUGUAUUUCUCUUUUCAUCACUAGCUAAAUGGGGGGCUUUUAGCAAUUAGAGUGGUGCCCUUAACUAGUAAAAAUGGUGAUAAUUCACCUUGAUAUAGAAAAAAUACAUGUAAUUAGGCAAAGGUAGUAUUGGCCUCUGGGAUUAAAAUGAGAUGGGCAUAUUUUAAGGUUGUCCCUCAUUUUGUUAGGGGUUAGUACUAUUUUUAUUUUCUUUUUGGGGUUUUUGGGUUUAUUUUCUUCCGUUUUAAUGGCGGAAGAAGAAAAGGCAGAGGUGGACUGUUACCACCCGCCUGAAGAAGUGAUUUUACUGCAUUUCUGCCGGACGGAGUUGUCCUUUUAAUUUUUAUGGGUUGUACUGAGAUUUUUAUUGUACAUCGAAUUUGACUAAAGUAAUGCAAGAGUGCCAUUAUUAUAUG